AUGGACAAGCACUACGGAGUCAAACAGCACAAGGCCAAACGGCUGAGGCCAUCAGAAGAGGCGGAAGACAUAGCAAGCACCGCAGACACCGACGACAACCACGAGAGCACCGAAUUCAAGCUCGCAGUAUUGGCUUCUCUGCAUCCGGACAAGACUCCCGAAGUGCAUCUCGACUAUCUGCUGGCAUAUGAGGGGAGUGCGUACAAGGCUAGUCAGGCACUUAGCGGCAGAGUCGACCAAGUGGUCAAGAGGAAGCGCCCUACGACGCCUGGCUAUCAGUCUUCGCUGGACUCCUUCGCCUCAAGAAAAGGCCCCGCCGAUGGACACGCUUCAAGCAGUGGUAAACUGCUCACCAAGAAGGGCAAGACAUUGCAUCUGUAUACGCCGAAAGAGAUCGAGGAGAAUACUCCAUGUUCCAUUGUUCACAACUUCCUACCAACAACACAAGCGGAUGCCUUGCUGAGAGAGUUGCUUGAGGAGGCGCCGAGCAUGAAACGUGGCACUUUCCAGCUGUUUGAGAGAACCGUGCAAAGUCCGCAUACGUGGAAAUUCUACGUUGAUACGUUGGAGGAUGUGAAGGUACAGAAAACGGAAUACGUGUAUGACGGCAUCUACGAAGCAGAUGUUUCGCAGACCACCCCAGAGAUGCUCAAGGUCUCGGUGAUUGUCAAGGAGGCAGUCAACAAGGAAGUCCAACGCCGCAUGCGUGAUUUCCAGCCCGAAGGCAAGAAGCUAAAGUUCCAGUCUCCAACGGCCUGGGAGCCUAAUGCAUCGUUCGUGAAUUGCUAUGAUGGCGCCAAGGAGAAUGUUGGCUGGCAUUCAGAUCAUCUUACUUACCUUGGACCACGCGCUAUCAUUGGCAGCCUCUCGCUCGGCGUCGCCAGAGAAUUCAGAGUUCGUCGUAUCGUCCCACAAGUCGAAGCUACCUCGGCAGACGAACAAGGCCAGAUUGCGAUACACCUUCCCCAUAACUCGCUGCUGGUAAUGCAUGCAGAGAUGCAAGAAGAAUGGAAACAUUCUAUCGCCGCGGCGCAGACCGUUGAACCACAUCCUCUCGCCGAGAACAAGCGACUUAACAUUACGUACCGAUGCUAUCAGCCAUACCUCAACCCGAAAUUCACGCCGCGAUGUAGGUGCGGUGUGGCUUGUGUGCUGCGUUGUGUGCAGAAGAGACAGGUCACAAGAGGUAGGUACAUGUGGAUGUGCUAUGCAAACUAUACGCCUGGCAAGAAAGGCUGCUCAUAUUUUGUCUGGGCGGAAUUCGAUGAGCAUGGCAGACCGCCUUGGGCAGAGGGAUAUUUAGGGAAUGCCAACAAGCCUGAACCUGGAACCGAGAGAUGGGAUGAAGAAUGA